AUGUACCACGACGCACCCAUCGAGGCAGCCAUGAGUAUGGUCCACCGCAGACAUCGUAGAGCCCACAAUACGCCAUCUGGAUUAUUUAUCUCCGAAGCUGCUGAUUCCAAGCAACUUCAGGAAGUUCUUGAUUUUUUACUUAGUUCUACUCAAAUCCAAGGACCUGGCGCCCCCAUGAUGCGCAUCGCCCUGCAGUUCCCCGAUGAAUUGCUCGAGGAUGCGCCUGCGGUAGUCCAGGAGUUGGAAACACGCUUGUACAACGACCCACGCUACCCAAUGCUUCAAAAACGGUUUAUGGAGUCUCAAAACGUGUCGAAUGGGGUCGUGGAGGGAAAGGAAGGUGCCCCGGCCUCGGGCCCUCCCACGAUCGCACGCCCUUCUGCCACAUCCACGUCCACAUCUCUUGCCGUCGGCCGGCCCGCGUUGCGUCCGGCGUCUUUGCCGAGCACCCAUCCCCUCCCAACACCCAAUCCGAACUCCCCCACGGGCGUUCGUUUUUUUAUUUUGGCGGAUUCGACAUUCGGGAGUUGCUGUCCCGACGAGAUCACGGCCCAACACUACCAAAGUGACCUUAUUGUGCAUUUUGGCGACGCCUGCAUGAGCCGCUCAACCCGACUGCCCGUGAUCUACCUCCACCCCCCCUUUAGCUUUCAUUGCAUCCGACGGUCAGACGCCCGGAGUUUGGGGAUUUUACCCGCCCCGGGCGGCGACGUUUCCUCGAAUUUGCCCGGCAUCCCAGGCGGCCCGGCAGAACCCGCGGCGGUAAACCUCGUCGUGGGGAUGCUCGAUCGCGUGCGGGGUGCUCUUCGACAAAAUAUUCACGAAUGGCAUGCAGGACCUACGCCGCGGGAUCAAUUCGCUUCCCUGGAGGACGCCCCUCCCCUGAGGGCGCAGCUGGUGGUAGUGGGACCACAUUCCGUCCGGGGGCUUUUAGAGGCCGCGGAAAGCCAAUGGCGAAGCUCGGCGCACGAGGAGGAGGAAGGGGUUUGUGUGGUUUGGUCCCGAUUUAUCAACUGCGAUGCCCGCCUGAUCGUCAAAUCCCCUCGCGCUGACGUCGACGUCGUGAUGGACAAGACCACUGAACAUUUAACACCGCAGCCUUGUCCAUCCUGCGAGCCGCUAAAUAACUCGUCAAGAGAUUCGACGGAGUGGAUUAUUAACGGGGUUUGCUUCCCACGACUUCCUUUUCAUGGAGAAUCCGAGUCUGCGAGCCGCCCUGCGGGUGCUCCUCUCACGGUCCAGUAUUUUCUUUAUGUCGGCCCCAGUGAUGGCCCUCAUUUAGUCCAUCUUCUCGGGGUCCACGAGUACAAUAGGUUUCACUACUCCGAGGUGGAGCGCGAGUUUUUUCUCCGCGAACAGGGCCCCACAGGCGAUGCCAACGCGCGAUCGGCGAUGCCGGUGUUAUCGGUUCUAGAUGAACAUUUUGCCAUCGCGGCGGCGUCGUCGGUGAAUUCGCCUUCUUACACAAAAGAGGUGGGAAAUGGACCCGUAGGCGUCCUCGACCCUGCUGCCUCCCCCGAAGUCGUCGAUCACUUUGUUGAGGAGCGGAUUUGCACGAAUUCGGAUGCCGACCCUCUGAAAAAACUUCUCUGGACCUCCUUUUCCACCACGGCCGAAGCUCAAUUCAAGCGUCGCCAGCGCCAGCGGGAUUUUAAUAUCGAAGUGGUGCGCAGCAGCUCCGCCGUCGGCAUUCUUGUCGCCUCCCUCGCCAUCGAGGGCUACUACGAGCUCACGAUGCUGCUCCACCGCCUGCUUCGACGCUGCGGAAAGCGGGCCUACGUCAUUUAUAUUGGCCACCUGAAUGAGUUCAAACUCGCCAAUUUCGAAUCCACCGUGGAUAGUUUUGUCGUGGUGGCCUGCCCGAACAGCCGGGGUUGCCAUUUCCCAAAUCGCGAGGAUCGCUAUCUUCGCCCGGUGGUCUCCCCGGCCGAGGUGCUUCUCGCCCUCACCGCGCGCGGGCCGUCUUCUUCGCAAUACGGCCUUCCCACGGCCUUUCAUACCGGGUUUGAUUCCAUUCUUCCCCCUCUUCGGGCGGCCGUGGAGGAGUUCACCCCAGGGCCCCACGAGGACGCCACGCGAAAAGAACCCUCGGACUGGGUGGAGAGCGCGGCGUUGGUGCGAAUCCCGGGAAGUCGGACGGUCAUGGCCGGGGACGCCGCUUCGGCCGCUCACGGGGCCCUCGCGCGACUUCACGAACGCGCCUUUUUCGGGCUCGAUCCCUGCCUUGGAAAGACCGCCGUGCAGACGUCCGUGGGGGAAGGAAAGUUUGGGAUUGCGCGAGGCUACCAAACGGAACGUGCCCAGCAAAAUCCCGAUCCCGCCAACGGACCGGCAGGAUGA